AUGAAUGAUUUCCAACAAGAUUCUGUCGACUCUUCUGAUUCCGAUCCUGAGUUUUACAAAUGUGUGAGCGAGAAAUUGGGCAUACGGGCAGUAAAAGGACAAAAUACUAGCAACAUUUUGUUACCUGUUUACAUCUGUGGAACCAAGAUUAUCGUUGAUCCAGAUGCCUGCGCUGAUGUCGACCUAAUCUCAGUUAAAGAUUUCAAGAAAAUUCAUGAAGCAAAUCCUGAGAUCAAGAAACAAAUAAAGAAACCAAAACAGAAGAUCUACGCCCUGAAUGGUGAAGAGCUGGAAGUCAUAGCUACAAUUAAAGAUGCAAAGUUGUCAAACAAGAACGCAGAAAUACUCACUGAUCUCUACGUUAUUGAGGACGGUAUUCAUAAAUUCCCUUUUUUAUCAGAAAGAACACUGAUGAAUCUUGGUAUGAUUAAAUACAGUGCUGAGGGAGAGUUUGUGAAGAAAGUUGACGCGAGACAAAGCAAUGACAAAGAAAGAAAGUGUAAACCCGAAGAUAAAGUACCACAAGAAGAGCUCAGGAAGAUCUUGCAGAAACAUAAGAAGAUGUUCCAAGGCAUAGGAACAUUAAGAAUCCUGAAACAGGAGAGCCAAUCCUCACUCAUAUCGAGAUGA